AUGAGAGUGAGUGGUACUGGAGGAGAGGGAGCUGGGCUAUUACUGUUCUUCCUAGGGAUCAUGCUAGAAAGUGGAACAGGAGGAGGUACAAGGGUAUUAUCUAAGGGCAGUACUAGGUGCGGCAGAGCCCCCGAAGUGGCAACAGCCGGCGACCGUAUUCUUUUUCUAUUUCUGAAAAGCAGGCGCCGUUGUUCCGCGUUUUUCAAUUGCGUUCUAACUGUGAUAAGUUGUUUUCGAGUUCAAACAAAAGUGCUAUUAAUCAAGAAUGCAUUUUUAGGUCAAGCUGAUGGUACAAGGUGCAUAAACAAUAUAAUUUCAGAUAAGAUAAUUUUGUCCUACAGCCCAGAAGGAUGUUAUUCUUGCACUUCUAAAUCCCAUUGGUCAGGUGAAGCCUGCAGAGCCUCCGGAGAGGAUGCGGAGAUGUGUGAAAAAUAUCCAUGCGCGAAAACGGAGCUCACCAAGACUCCGGAAGCCAUGACAAACGUACCGAAGACCCUACAAGUCACCGUAGUUGGUAAAAAUCUAUUAAUUUAAUGUAAAAGUAUAAAAA